AUGGGCUCAAUCCCAAUGCUCAUCACCGUCUUCGGCGCGACGGGAAACCAAGGAAGCUCUGUCUGCCGGUCUCUCGCCAAAAAUCCCAAAUUCAAAGUCCGGGCUAUCACGCGCAACCCUCAGUCAGACGCUAGCAGAGAGCUCUCCACUCUGGGAGUGGAGAUGGUGAGGGCAGACGGGUGGAAUUCGGAACAGAUGUUGGAAGCCUUUCAGGGAUCGUGGGGGGCUUUUAUCAACACAAAUUCUUUUGAUCCGAUCUUCCUCGAGAAGAAUGGCCCGACUGAGUUUGACCUGGGGCGGAACGUGGUGGAUAGCGCCGUAGCCGCCGGUGUCCCUCACCUGGUGUACAGUUCUGGGGCGCCGUGCUUUGAGAUGACGCGCAGGCAGAUCCAGUUGGAUGCUUACGAUAAGAAGUGGGAAACCGAGCAAUACAUCCGGGCCAUCUGCAAAUUCAAGACCUUCACCGCAAUCGGGGCUGGCUGGUACCUCGAGAACUUCCUUGAUAAGGAACAAAGCGCGUGCUUCGGCGGAUUUCCUCAUAUCGAGGACGAAGAGGGCUAUCUCACCUUCCGGAUGCCGGAGAUCGGUGAGUCCGGCGAAGUCCCAUGGGUAGAUAUAACGCACGAUUUCGGAGACAUAGUGCAGGGCAUCUUCUUGGAUCCGGAGAGAUGGGAUGGCGCAUAUGUCCAGGCAAUCAGUGAGAUUCAGUCGUUAAAGGGCAUGGCUGAAGCCUUCGAGAAGGCUACUGGGAAAAAGACGAGAUACGCACCCGUUCUGCCGUCGUGGGAGGCGUUUGAAACUUACGGCGUGCCCGAGCUUGAGAUUUUGAAGAGAUUUAUUGGGUUUAUGCAGCUGACCGGCGGUUAUUGCUUUCAGGAGAAAAGCGAUGUCACGAACGCGGCUGAGCUGAAGCGGGAGACAUCAAGAGCACUCAAUAGUCCGGAAAGCAUCCUCACUUCCCUCGUGCGGUUUUUCUCUGAUCACUUUCCUGCUCAGACCGGAGAGCUUGAAGAAUGUAGGCGUGAGAAAUAG